CGGCCGGUUGGUGCCGCGGUGGUCUCUCGCGGUGACGCGGUCGCGGCCCCAAACCAAACCCCCCCGCCCGCCGCCGCCGAAAUAAAACCGGUACACCUCUGCAGCAGCGCGAGCCAUGCCGCAGGUGGCCGCCCCUCUCCGCCGCCUCCUCCCCCUCUCCCAAACCCUAGCGUCGGCCCCCGCGCCUCUCCUCCACCUCUCGCGCCGCCUUCUCUCCUCCUGCUCCCCCGCCUCCUUCGGCCGCGCCGCCAGCCUCCGCGCCCUCGCCUACCGCCGCCGCCGGCACCCCGAGCCUCGCCGUGGGAGCAGCACUCUCGGGAAGGCGCCCGCCAAGGAGGAGAUGGACAGGGAGGUGGCGUUCAAUAGGAAGCGGGCCGAGGGGAAGGACGGCGGGAAGCGCGGCACCAUGGAGCUCAAGGCCCGCAGGCUCAACCCCGUCAACACCACAUGCUACGUGCAGAUACUUGGUACAGGAAUGGACACACAGGACACUUCACCUUCUAUUUUACUCUUCUUUGACAAGCAAAGGUUUAUUUUUAAUGCGGGCGAGGGUCUUCAACGUUUCUGUACUGAACACAAGAUAAAACUAUCAAAAAUUGACCAUAUCUUUUUGACUCGCGUGUGCUCAGAAACUGCAGGUGGCCUUCCAGGCCUGGUGCUAACUCUAGCAGGAAUUGGAGAUGAGGGCAUGUCGGUGAACAUAUGGGGACCUUCUGAUCUUGACUUUUUAGCUGGGGCAAUGAGAUCUUUUAUCCCAAAUAGAGCAAUGCUUCACACACACAGCUUUGGUACUGACCGAAAUGCAUCUUCACCACAAUCUAAAGAGUCCAUUAUUAUUCUUGAUGAUGAAGUAGUUCGGAUAUCGGCAAUGUUUGUCAAACCAAGGUAUCAUAAUGGAACUGGUAGUUCAAAUGAUAGUGACAUGAAGCCUGGUGAUACUGCUAUAGUAUAUGCCUGUGAGUUGCCAGAAAUUAAGGGAAAGUUUGACCCAUCUAAGGCUGCUGCCCUUGGCCUUAGGCCUGGGCCCAAGUACCGUGAACUUCAACUUGGGAAUUCUGUGCAGUCUGAUCAAUUUGAUGAAAUGGUUCAUCCAAGUGAUGUUCUUGGUCCGUCAAUUCCUGGACCAACUGUUCUUCUGGUGGAUUGCCCCACACAGUAUCAUAUGCCAGAACUUUUUUCACUGCAACCCCUUAGCUGCUUUUAUGAAGAUUCUCCAGAGCAAAGUGGCAAGAAAGUAAAUUGCAUAAUCCACUUAGGUCCAUCAUCUGUGACUAGAUCUGUUGACUAUCAGAACUGGAUGAAAAAAUUUGGCGCAACACAACAUAUCAUGGCAGGACAUGAAAUUAAAAAUAUGGAAAUUCCUAUCUUGAAAGGUAGUGCAAGGAUAUCAUCACGCCUCAAUUUUGUAUGCCCUCAGCUCUUCCCAUCCUCUGGAUUUUGGUCUGUACAACCUCCAAAUGAUGUCAUGGAGAAUGAUAAGAAUGCUUCAUUGGAAGCCUGUGGAAGUGUGUCUGCGCAAAACCUACUAAAGUUUCAUCUGCGUCCAUAUGCUCAACUGGGUUUGGAUAGAGCUUCUAUUCCAAACUUGUUCACCUACAAGGAUAUUGUACAAGAGCUUGUAUCUGAGAUCCCAGAGGUUAGUGAAGUUCCUGAACAGGUUUGCAAAUUCUGGCAAAAUAAUGUGAAUGAUAAAAAUACACUACCACCAACUGGCAAUCGUAUGGUUGAAGAACCAUGGAUCAAUCAAAAAUCAGAUAAGCUAGAUGAUGGCGCUUCUUUUCAAGAAAUUGUCUGGGGAAAGUAUCCAAGGGGCAAUCAGGAGACCCCUUGUUGUGUGGAGGAUGCAACAAGGGAAGAUAUGGAGAUCACUUUUUUGGGUACAGGUUCAUCUCAGCCUUCAAAAUACCGGAACGUAAGUUCCAUAUAUAUUAACUUAUUUGCACGAGGAGGUAUACUUCUGGACUGCGGUGAAGGAACUUUAGGACAACUGAAAAGGAGAUUUGGUGUAAAUGGUGCUGAUGAAGCUGUAAAAGGUUUGAGGUGUAUUUGGAUCUCCCAUAUUCAUGCUGAUCACCACACUGGCUUGGCUAGAAUUCUUGCUCUAAGGUCUAAGUUGUUAAGAGGGAUGCCUCAUAAACCCUUGCUUGUGAUUGGACCAAGGCCACUUGAGAGAUUCUUAAAUGCAUAUUCGACGCUUGAAGAUCUUGAUAUGCAGUUCCUAGACUGCAGACAUACUUUGAAGUCUAGUGUUGAGGCCUUUCUCAGUGAAAAUGAUUCUGAACCAGCCAUACCUCAACUGGCGAACACAAUAUUUGCCCCUGGAAGUAGAAUGGAGAACUACAACAGGAAGCCUGCAAGUCCAAGGGAUACCACAGCUCUUGCUAAUUUCAAAGAAGUUCUACAGGAAUCAGGUUUAGAGAUUUUGUAUAGUGUCCCUGUACUACACUGUCCACAGGCAUUUGGAGUUGUUUUCAGGGCCAUGGAGAAAACAAACAGCACUGGAAAGGUAAUUCCAGGCUGGAAGGUUGUAUAUUCUGGCGACACGCGACCCUGCCCAGCUCUUAUAGAUGCAUCCAGAGAUGCCACAGUGCUAAUACAUGAGGCAACAUUUGAGGACAGUAUGAAGGAUGAAGCGAUCGCGAGGAACCAUAGUACAACCAAGGAGGCCAUAGAAGUAGGCACAUCGGCUGGAGCUUACCGGAUAAUUCUGACCCACUUCAGCCAGCGAUACCCCAAAAUCCCAGUUAUCGACGAGGUCGAUAUGGAGAAGACCUGCAUUGCCUUUGACCUGAUGAGUGUAAACCUUGCGGAUCUGCCAGUUGUGCCCAAGGUUCUACCACACCUGAAGGUCCUGUUCAAGGACGAGCUGGUAGUUGACGAGGCCGAUGAGCUCCAAGAGGCUGCUGCUUUACGGUUGAUCAAAUACGCAGUUGGAAAAUCCGGUACUGAUUUCAAGAGGGAGAUGCAAAGGCACUCAGUGGCUAUGCGCCAGCUAGUUCAUUACAAAGGCCACCCUGAUCCCUUAAGAGGGGAUGCCCUUAACAAGGCUGUUCGCGAAACUGCAAAUGAGGCUAUAGCUGCAAUUUUCUCCACAGAGGACCCUAAACCUGCUGUCGCAACCGAAAGUCUUGGCAAGCGCAUACAGGGCUUUGGAAAUACUAAUUACGAGCCAUCUAGAGAUGACAAGAAGUCUUUCCUUAGUGAACUAACCGAGGUAGUGGGUAUUGGAAGUGCAUCCAUCAAGCAGGGUUUGAGCAACUUUGCUGCAGCGCAUGCAAUGAUGACAAAUGACAAUGGUAGCACGUACAAGAGCCCUAAUCUCCGUAGAUCUUUGACCACAGAAUCUGAAAGAUAUGGUCGGUAUGAUCCAAGUGAAAUUCAAAGUGAGAGCCGUGCCUCAUCUGGUGCUUCAAAGAAUGCAGCCUCUGGUUCUUGGGGUCCAACUUCCAGUUCUGUACCAACUGAUGAUACUAGCUCAAGUCAACCAGGGAUUAAAACUCGUGAAGAAAGACUUCUGGAGACAAUAGUUACUGCAAGUGGCGUGAGACUGCAACCAACGCGAGAUGCUUUGCAAAUUUUUUUAACAGAAGCUUCCAAAUUGGAUGCAGUUGCCUUGAGCCGUGCACUUGAGAACAAGCUGAAUUCUCCAUUAUGGCAGGUUCGCAUGAAGGCUAUUUGUGUGUUGGAAGCCAUUGUAAGGAAACAGGAUUCUGAUCCUUAUUCUAUCAUCACUUCAUAUUUCAUUGAGAACACAGCUUCUGUUAUUAAAUGCUCCGAGCUGCCACAGGUUUCUCUCAGAGAGAAGGCCUCAAAGGUCUUGAAUAUGCUGAUUGGGGAACAGCCUACUGGAACCACAACAACAAAAGCUGCUGUGUCCAUACCUGUUCAGAUGCCUGAUUUGAUUGAUACAGGUGAUCAAGAUGAUCUAGCAACAAGUUCCGGACAGGAAAGCAAUGAACAGAAUACUGGGAACAGUGCAUAUGUUUCUUCAGUUGAUGAUUUGCUUGGUGGUGAACCUAUUGCUGAUACAAGUGUUGCUGCUGAUAGUAAUGGAAGCGAUCCAUUUGCAGAUGUAUCAUUCCAUGAGGCAGAGACUAAGGAGACUAAUGAUCUGUUCUCAGGGUUGACAGUAGAAGAGAAAUCAUCAGCUACUGUGCAUGAUAGUUCUUCAUCAAACAAAAAUGAAUUACCAGACAUCUUUGGCAGCGCCCCUGAUUCUUUCAUCCAUGGUAGUGUUACUGACCAAGGAACUGUCAAUGAUUUGAUGGCUGGUUUGAACCUUAAUGGAACAGGCCAGGCUCAGUCUGCAGUUAAAGCAGAGCCCAGUAGCAACUUCAGUGGUUCACAGUUCUUUGAUACAAACAACGAGACCAGCCAUGUGGCAAGUGCUGCAGCAUUGAAUGGCAUUCUUGGUCAAAAUUCAUUUUACCAACAGCAGCAGACUCCCUUGCAGUACAACUUCCCUCAACAUAUGAUGAUCAAUCAAUCAUUUCCUGGGCAACAAUUAAACUAUGGUGCCAUGGGGAUUCUUCUUGCUCAGCAGCAGCAGUUACUGCAAAAUCUUGGAAAUUUCAAUGCUGGACUUGGGAAUUCUUCUUUCAAUUCGAUGCACAGUGGAAAUGCAUCUGUGCUUCCAGAUAUUUUCAAUUCAAGUAAUCAACCUCAAAAUCAUGUUGCAGUGAUGAGCAGUUCGAAGAAAGAUGACACUAAAGCUUUUGAUUUUGUUUCGGAUCACCUUGCAGCAGCACGUGGUUCAAGAAAGUGAACCAGGAUGCAGUGAGCAUGUCCAGAUGCUGGCAAGAGCUCAAGACCUCAAGUGCUUGAUGGACACAAAAGCUGGGAAUUCCAAAAGCUGCAUCUCGUCACAGCCUCGCAGAUUGGCUGCAUGAUUCACACGGCUGGUUUGGCAUGGGAUCGGUGCAUGUUUGAACAGAUGAGAAGGGUUGUUCCAUACGGUUGGAAGACGAGAUGUUGUGUUGUACUAUGUAUUUAGACAAAGACUGGUUUUUUACGCUGAAAAAUAAAUUGCAUCUUCCAACUUUCCUUAUGUUCUGCCCUUUUCUCUCACCUUUUUUAAAGAAAAAAAUGCACUGUAUACAUAUUUGUUACCUGCAGGUUUUAUCUUUUUUUUUCUUUGGUUUCUGUACAAGUGGAGGAUGAUUUUUUGUGGCAAUUGUAAAGCUUUGGAACGUGAAUAAGAGGGUGCAAUAUGAUAUGAGCUGCUACAUGAUCCUUGCAA